AUGCCUGGUGUGGCCCAGGACAACCAGGGCAGGAGGCGUGUAGAGGACCUGAGAUUUUGUGAAGAACCCAAGCCUGGAGACCUGAUUGAGGUUUCCCGCAAUUUGUACCAGCACUGGGCCAUCUACGUGGGAGGUGGCUAUGUAAUCCAUCUGGUUCCUACAGGUGGAUUCUCCGGGGCUAGCUCCUCCAGCCUCUCCUCCAGUCUGAGCUGCAGGGCGGUGGUGAAGCUGGAGUGCCUGGAGAACGUGGUAGGGGGCUGCCGCUAUCGCAUCAACAACUACUUGGACCAGCAGUGCAGCCCAUGGCCCCUGCACAAGAUCCUCAAGUCUGCCUAUGAGAAGAUUGGUGAGGACAGAGAGUAUUGUCUUAUAUGCAAGAACUGUGAGCACUUCGUCACUUACCUGAGAUACGGGAAGGCCCACUGCAGUCAGGCAGCUCCUGGUGCCCUCGCAGGUUGUCAAGGGGAGUCUGGACCAACCCAGGACCAUGACAGGCCUCCUAAGGCUCCAGAGAGCACCCAGGCAGGGAUGCUCAAGGUCCAUGGGUCUAUGUACCAGCUCAGGAACAUUUUUAUGUCGUGA